CCCAUAAGUGCCACCUGUCAGUGCCCAUCAGUGCCACGUGCCAGUGCCCAUCAGUUCCACGUGCCAGUGCCCAUCAGUGCCACAUCAAUGCCACAUAUCAGUGCAUACCAGUGCACAUCAAUGCCACAUAUCAGUGCCCAUCUGAGCUGCUUUUCAAUGUCACCCAUCAGUGCCAGUCAGUGCCACCUAUCAAUGCCAAUUAGUGCCACCUAUCAGUGCCAGUCAGUGUCGCCUAUCAGUGCCAGUCAGUGCUGCCUAUCAGUGCCGCCUAUCAGUGCCAUAUAUCAGUGUCAUGUAUCAGUGCUGCCUUUCAGUGCCCAUCAGUGAUGCCUGUCAAUGCCCAUCAGUGCAACCUACCAGUGCCUCCUCAUCAGUGCCCAUCAGUGCCACCUAUCAGUGUCCAUCAGUGCAGCCUAUCAG